AUUUAUUAUCACUAGGCCUACUCGGUCAAUGACAAGAUGGCGGUCGAUCAACAGGUUUUCAUGUGUGAGGAAAAAUUCGCUGAAAACAGUUCGUUUCAAUCAUGGGAAGCGUUAUAGAAAUGGAUGUCACAAAAGGUGUAUACCAAAAGCUGAAAAACCCAUCCAUAUCUCAAGAUGAAAAGAUCUCUCUGGUAUCCUCUGCCUGGCAGAGUGAUAAAUGCUUCAUUCCCAACAAGCAUCAGGUGUUGCUGGACUGGGUUUGCCAGGAAAUCAUUAAUUCCUACAAGAAAGAUUUCAGGGCAACAGAAAAGUCUUCAAGCUCUCUUAAAGGUUUAUGGAUCUUUACUGUUAGCCUGUUGGAAAAUUUAGCUCAUCAAAUAUCAACAGUGUCUGUGGUAAUUAAACCUCAUCUGUUACAGGUAUUCACAGAUCUCUUCACUCAGCAAGCCUCUAAUAAAUUACCGGAAUUCCAGCCUGUGGUACAGUGUUGUAUACUCAUUCUUACAUCAGAUAAGCUUGCUACAUCUUGGCUUACCAAGUUUGAAAGCUUUGUGCACUUUGUGUCUUCUGUUUUGCUUGCUUCAGCAUCAUCGGUGCAUCUGCAAGAUGAUAUUCUAUCAUUGUUACAAGUCUCUCUCCAAAAAUAUAUCCCUUUGCAAAGAAAACAGUCAAAUCACAAGAAGCUAUUUGAGCGCUUCUGUGAACACCUACUAAACCCUAUGAUGCAAGUCCAUUACAAAAUUGUGUCAGAAAAAGCAACGUCUUCCAAUAUUCAGACCAAGAUCUGUGAGUGUGUGGGUGAUGCACUGUUUAGAAGGGACCCUCUGUUAGAGUUCCCAUCAGCUCUUAGAGCUCUGUCUGCCAACCAAGAAGGCAGUGUAAAGAAUGCCAAUACUUCACCAAGCAAGAGGUCACAUCAUGGCAGCUACCCAAUACAGCUAUUUAAAACCCUUAGGCUUCUUCUAACUGAUGAUCCAUGGAGUAAGGAAAGCUCCAGCAGAUCAACACCCUUGGCAAAUUUUUUUCCUCAAUUACUACGGGAGUUCCUGAAGGCAAGGCGUUCCAUUGAGAAUACAGCUGCAGCAUUUGAGUUUCAUUUCUUCAUUGAGUUGUGUGCCCUGCUUGGUGUAAGUCCAUCAGAUCCUGGUGCUAUCGCUAAUACAAGAGUUCUACAUCUAGUUCAUGACAUGCUCUCUACCCUACAUGCCUAUGAUGUGUACCAGGUUGCAGAGGAUAACACAAGUGGUGCUGCCCAACUCAAGUGGUUCUCAGAGUUUACAAAGCAACUAACAGAAUAUCAACCAAGUGUGGAGGUGUUUGACUGCCACACCAUGCUACUGAAAAUGAACCACCGAAUCCUUGAGCCUCACCUGCAAGAUAUUCUCAAGCAAUUCUGGAUGAACUGCAACUUUGAUGAGAGAUUAGAAGAGUCACAAGAUAUCUUCUUGACUUCUCUUGUCCAAGUUUACUCUAAAUUAAGACAGUUCGACAGAUUUGUUCACCAUUUGUUGGGAUCACUUAAAGUCUGCAGCGUCAGCACACCAUGGAAAGGCUUUCUGUCACGAUUCACUCUUGAGCUGGUCACUCAUUGUGAGACUUUGCCAAUUGGUUCAGUGGUGGGGGUGUGGACAGUGCUGUGCGACGAAAUUGAGAAUGAGUGUGUUCCUGCAGUCAGUGCAAGCUCCAAGAUGGAGGCAUUCUAUCAUCUAGAGCGAGUUGUGUCGUUGUUGCAAGUCUUUCUGUUGAACACUUCGUUUGGUGAUGUCACUGAGCACAAGCAGAGCAAGGAGGCCACUGCUACGCUGGCUAAACUCUUCCAGAGAUCCGUCGAGAAAGUACUCAUCCCUUUGAUAAAAGCUCAAACAGAAGUGGCUAAUAAAAAGUGCCGUGUAUCUUUGCAAGUUUUCUCGCUCGUUGUUCUGCAAAUUCUACGAGAGCUUGAGGCGUUCCUUUCCAGAUUCAGCGUCCUGAAUAAUGCGGAGGAAAGCAGCUUGUUGCUGGAUGAUCACUGGCGUGUGAUGCUUUCUCAGUAUCGAGGAAAGAAAGAAGAUCCAAGAGUUAGAUAUCUUAUGGCUAGGCUAUGCAUGCAUGAGAUUCGUAUGGCCCUGAUGAACGAUACACGAGACAGUCAGAUGGAAGUGUUAGUGGGCAUGGUGUGUGACUGGACCAUAGGUGCCACGCCUACACCUGUUUCCUGGACAGGCCAGGUCUGGACCAUCAACCAAUCAAAUCUUCCCGUAACUUUGUGGCACGUGAUCAGUACGUGCGCUGUUGUGCUUUUGCCUCAGUGUUCCCAAGAUCAGCGCUUGUCAAUCACUCGUUAUCUGAUGUUGUCGCUUACUACAGCUGAGUGCAGCAAAUACACCGAGGGGCAAGGACUCUACACAGCAAACUCGAUAUCGCGGGAACUUGUCCACAGUUCUGUAUUCCACGAGAUCCCAUCCAUACAGACGGCGCUCCUAAUAUCUCUAUGGCAACGGGUCGGGCAUUCGCUGAGCAACUUGCCAAGUGCCAUCACUCUUGUCAAGCUACUGCAAGGAUUUAGUUCAGCGGGUAUUGAAGAAACAAGCAUGCGCUGUGUAUCAACAGUGCAAGCUGAGGUCCCGGAUGUAGAUAUGGAUAAGAGUGAGAGUGCUCUGAAUCACUGGAAAUCACAAAUUCAUGGAACUGUUUCAACUUUCUCCCGAUCAGACUCGUCAGACGAUGAAAGCAGCGAGUCUAUAACAGAUGACGAAGUUGCCACGAGGGAUGACGUCACGGAGAAUGACGCCAUGGAGAAUGACGUCACGAAGACACCACCGAUUACUCCACCGCUGCCAUCAUUAAUAUCAAGUCUUGUGGCAAAUGCGCGCAAAGUUAUUGCAGAUUUACUUCAGAAAACGGACAAUCAGCCAAGUCUGUCUCCAGAGGGACUGAAUCAGCUAGAGAAGGAAUUAGAGUUUCUUUCUGUGCUGCCGCUUGAUUGGUUAACAGACUUAAAUCAUGUGACUUGUGUCCUGGCUCUCCUUGCGUGUGAUGUGUUCGCGUUCAGAGACUGCAGCCAGGGUUUCCAUGAGGCGUCUCUCAAGGUUUCAUUCUUGUGCCGCCGCCUGCUGACGGUGGUUGUACGAGGCUGUCUGUCACGCAAGCGGUAUCUGAUCUGUCACGCAAUUGAUACGGAUCAGUUACUUUUACGGCUCGUGGAAUCAAUGUUAUGUGUGACCACAGAGGAGAGCUGGUCCUCUUCGUUCCAGUUGACCUCCCUGGAUCUUCUGUGUUCGGUGUUGCGGCUUGCUCUAAAGAAUGCAUCACAAGAGACCUCAACUAGCACCUUCACUUCACAGAUGUGCAGCAAAUUGUCUCAGUGUUGUGAAGCAGUGGAGUCUAGUAAAAAAGUCACCCGCAAGGUUAUUUCCCGCCAUGAGCCUGUGAUCAAGAUAGCCAGCGCUAUUCUUCAAGUUCUCAGAGAGGUUCUAGCUCUCAAGACUUCGCGGCUGAAAGAAAUCAAAAUGGCCGCCAUCAUGGCGACCACUCUCGCCCCUUCGGUGAUCGCAUUCCUUGAACUGGUUGCCAGGCCACGUCGCAGGAAGAGAAAGCACAGCGAGCCUGGUGAUGUGUCUUUGGCUAGUGAUAACUGCGCAUCCAUACUAGAGGGGAACCCUGUGUUGGUGGACUGCUAUGCCUCGGUUCUUCACAUGUUUGUAGUAUCCCAGAAUUCAAGAAAACUUGCAAAGAGUGAGGAGACCUUCGCAGAGUGGCGGUGGAAGAAGAUAUUCCCAGCAUUUCUCAAGUUCGCGACAGACUUCCUCAACACCCGUAAUAAAGACUUUACAGAGGCAGAAUCUCGCCACUGCAUCACGAGCUGUUUACGUCUGCUAACCGUCAUCUCCUCCUCCGUUUCCAUGUGGCAAGACCUCUUCCCUGAGCAACUCUAUUCACGCAUGCUUACAUCCAUCCUGCACUUACUAACGUCCAUUGCGCAUGUAUAUAAUGACGUCAUUGACCAAAAUGACGAAAAACACAGCACAGGUGUUGGCAUCACAAGACACGAUGACGUCAUUAAUGAUGUCAUAAAUCCUGGUGACGUCACUACAGCUGGUGAUGUCACGUGUAUUCCACGCGUCUCGUACGAGUCUGGACGAGCGACUGAUAUGUUGAGAGAGGAGGGAAUGGGUGUGGUCGUGGCUCUGCUUCGCGGCGCUGAGGCAGAGAAGAAGACGAUGCUGCUGAAGGCCUUAGUUAAAGAGCUGCGCACAAGUAGUGCCCAGUCCACCAAGCGACUCACGGCUUUGCUGCAACUCUGGUCCUAUCUAUUGAAAAGAAAGAUAACAAAGGAGAACAAAAAAGAUUUUCGACCAGUAUUACCCGAGGUUUUGAUGGCCCUUCAAUUUGUCGUGCAGCAACAAGCUAAGACACCACAGGGUACCCGACACCGGCUGAUUGCUCUGGACAUCAUGACAAGCAUUGUUACCCUCGGCACGACCAUGGUGGCACCACAUCACGCCCGUCUCGUACUGCACUCCAGUUUGCUCGUGGCCUCAGAAUCGUAUUCGACGCAUGCUUUUCCCGCCAUAUUCCAGAGCCUGUUCGCUCUCCUCAGUCCUGCGCUGUACUAUCAGAGUGAGGCGAUGUACGGCUGUGUGCACGUGUUCGUCACGUGCGUAAACAACAUGUUACGAAUGCUUGCAAACUACUGCUGCAGCUUUGCAACCAAGCCACAGGGUGACCACAGCCCUGGGCAUGACAUGACGUGUGCACAGAAAAUAGCGAGGCUUUAUCAAGAGAUUGCCACACAUAAAACGGCCUUCUCAAAGUACUCCCCGUAUCUCAUCGCCGAGUACAUCCAUGUAGCACAGGGAGUCCAUCUGCCAUCACACGUCAAGGAGGUAUUGACGGAUGGUGUCUUCUGUCUACUCGAUUUGUGUGGAGAUCACGAAACCGCUCUGCUCCACGCCACACUUAGCAAAGGCUCACGGGAACUCUUUAAGACGCUUAACGAAGAGUACAAUAAAUACCACAAGUUUACUGGAAAGGUUUAAGGCAGGCAGUAAAGACAAUUGAGGGAAGUUGCAACAAGCUUGCAAGCAAACAGCAAUGAAUUUUACAACGGUGAAGCAUAACCAGUGCAGUCGUAAGCUUUGCUAUAUCCUUUGAAAAUAGGGAAAGAAAGAAUUGAAUGGAACUCUGUAACUUGCAUUAGAUUGAUUCGAAAUAAUAAAGAAUAUAUCGACUUCUU